UCGUCGCCUUCGUGCAUCAUCAUUGCCAGCAUCUUUAUUUCAGGUUGGACGUUGCGUCGGUCCCGGUGUUUCUUUUCUUCUGCAUCCGGCUGCUUGUGUGCUUUUCUUCGUUGAGCUUGGCUUGGACCUGAUCCAACGUAUUUGAGGAAACAGAACCGAGUCCCGCCCCCUGGCCCAAAACCUACGCCUGCGAACCAGUGUCCAUCUCUCAGUCAGGGAUGGCAGACGAAGCCGGAACCGGGGAGGACCCAACUGGAUCUUGGACUUCGACCGUCAUCAGCAGCGAAAGUGGACCCGAUCCAGACAAUCCAUCCGGUGGUCACGUGGAGUGGUGUAAACAGUUGAUUGCAGCAACUUUGUCCAGUCAUAUCUCAGCCGCCUGUGACGUCAUUACCAAGGACUCUACGGAUGAGAGUCUCCGUUGCCACGGUGACGAAGACGCCGAGCAUUCCCCCGUCGCUUUGAAACCUCCAGCACAGAGACUGAAAAUGAGUGACAAGGCGACUGCAGUUCCUCUCCUGCCAGGGGAAAGCAUCCAGACAACCAUUGAGGACGUGAUGUAUAUUUGUCCCUAUAGUGGCCUUUUCGACGGAACUCUGACCAUCACUGACUACAAGCUCUACUUCAGCAGCACAGAAAGGGAAAGUCCAUUUGUUCUGGCUGUCAACCUGGGCGUCAUCAGCCGCCUGGAGACUGUGGGCAUCCCCAACCGAGGUGACAACACCGAAGGACUGGAGCUGGUCUGCAAGGACCUGAGGAGCCUGAAGUUCACCUACGAGACAGGGAGGGGCCACGCAAACAUAGCGAAGAUGCUGGCCUCGCGAGCUUUCCCGCUUUCCCACCAGCUGACCUUAUUCGCCUUCCGCUACGAGCAGCGCUUCCACUCUGACGGCUGGAAGGUAUACGAGCCACUGGCCGAAUUGCGGCGGCAGGGCCUCCCCAACGAGAGCUGGACCAUCAACCGACUGAACGCGUCCUACCAGCUGUGCGACACGUACCCCGCCACCCUGGUGGUCCCCGCCAACGUCUCGGACGAGGACAUCAAGCGAGUGGCGGCAUUCCGGGCCAAGCGCCGCAUUCCGGUGCUGUCGUGGCUCCACCCCGAGUCGCAGGCGGCGCUGGUGCGCUGCGGCCAGCCGCUGGUGGGCCCGGCCGACCGCCGCUGCAAAGAGGACGAGCGCCUCCUCCAGACUAUCAUGGACGCCAACGCGCACUCCCACAAGCUCAGCAUCUUCGACGCCCGACAAUUCAGCGUCGCCCGUAGCAACAAAGCGAAGGACGGCGGCUACGAGAGCGAGAGCGUGUACGCUAACGCGGAGCUCAACUUCCUGGAGAUCCCCAACAUUCACGUGAUGCGCGAGGCCCUCAGGAAGUUGAAGGAUGUGCUGUAUCCUGACAUCCAACAAGAGCGCUGGCACUCCAACCUUGAUCACACACAUUGGCUCCACUACAUUCAGCUGCUUCUGUGUGGAGCGUCCCAAAUGGCAUCCAAGCUGGAGCGUGCAAAGACAUCAGUGGUGGUCCACUGCAGCGACGGCUGGGACAGGACGUCUCAGCUGACGUCUCUGACGAUGCUCAUGCUAGACAGCUACUACCGCACGCUCCGAGGAUUCCAGGUUCUGGUGGAGAAGGAGUGGAUCAGCUUUGGACACAAGUUUGCUGCCCGCGUGGGCCACGGUGACGACGACCACGGCAACUCUGAGCGUUCGCCGCUCUUUGUUCAGUUUGUGGACUGCGUGUGGCAGAUGAGCCGGCAGUUUCCCGCAGCCUUUGAGUUCAACGAGCUUUUCCUGAUUACGCUGCUGGACCACCUGUACAGCUGCCUCUUCGGAACUUUCCUGUGCAACAGCGAGCAGGAGCGCGCGACCCAGGAGCUCCAGGACCAAACGGCGUCUCUGUGGUCCUACGUCAACAGCCAGCCCGAGGACUUUAGCAACCCUCUGUAUGUCCACGAGCGCCACAGUGUGCUCUAUCCGCUGGCGUCCUGCAUGCAUCUGGAGCUGUGGACGACUUACUACGCACGAUGGAACCCUCGCAUGAGACCGCAGGUGGCUCAGCAUCAAAUGCUGAACAAUCUGCUGCUGUUGCGGGUUCAACUUGAGCAGAGGGUAGAGGAGCUGCGCAGGGAGGUCCAGGCCAACUCUCCAGCGGCGUCGCCCGAACGCGCCGCCGCGAUGGCUGCGGUCACCCCAGUCUGACGGACACACGCUGGUUGGUGCCCAUUGACACGACAAGUUCCACAACAUAAGCGCUCCCCGAGAGUGGCCCUUACCUUUUUGUCAGAUUACAUGUGCAUCAAAAUACGUUGAAGUCACGUUGACCCCUCCCACGCACUAAGCUUGAAAAUGGGUGAUCGAUCGGGAGCCCACUGUGGUGUAAAUAUCUCAGGGCCUUGCCAAUGCAAGCAAGACUUAUUUGUCCCCAAGUAUUGGUAUAAACUUUUAGAUUUUUUUU